AUGGCGAAAAUUGCUCUUGUUGGUGCUGGGGACGUAGGCAUUGCUUUUGCCAAAGAGUUCUGCAGAUCAAUGCACCAAAUUGUAGUCCUCACGGGGUCCAAAAAGCCGCAGCUCAAGCACAUCAACGUCGAAGUUCGCCUCACAGACUAUAGCACCGAAUCUCUGCUCCGUAAUCUACAGGAUUGUGACGGUGUAAUUUCGACGUUGAGUGGCCCCGAUGAUUUCUACAUUACGGCUCACUCAAACAUCCUCGAGGCAUGCAGACAGAGUGUUCGGUGUAAACACAUGAUUCCCUCUGAGUGGAAUAUCAACCUUGAAGAUUUUCCGGACUUGCCAAUGUUUAGCGGUCCGACGCACGAGGUGGUCCGCAGCAAGCUGCGAUCUCAGCAGAACGUGAAAUGGACCAUGAUAUGCCACGGCUGGUUUAUGGAGUAUCUCUUGACCCAGGAGAAGAACCCACUUCGCGAGAUUGGUAUCACUUGGGCUAUGAAUCACCACACAAAGGUCCUUGACAUGUACGGAGACGGCACACAGAAAGUAACCUUGACGACUCUUGACGACACGGCUAGGGCUACACUUGCCGUGAUUACCGACAGUAUUGCCACCGGGUCCCAGAUGAGACAAGCUACGCUACUUGCUGGAGAAUCGGUCACUUACAAAGAUCUCUUCGAAGUGGUUAAGGGCCAAGACCCAGCAUGGCAGUCAAGGAAUGUCACCCUCACCGAGGUCGUGAAUCAGCUCCACAGCUUAUUGAACUCCAAUAGCCCUGAGGCUGCACUGCACCAAAUGAUAAUUCAGGGCUUCACGAAUGCAAACCAUAUCCCGAAGGAAAAGGCCCUAGCGUGGGGCGUUGGGCCUCUUACUGGCUUACACCCGACGAGUAUCCAGGAGUUUCUCAAGGAGGCUGGAGGUCUUUAA